AUGGAUGCAAAGCAGAAGAACUACACAGUAGCGAACUAUGCUGCAUUCAACUACGCUGGCUUUGCUUGCGUAGCCUUGAUAGUAUUUCUCACAUCGACUCAACCAUUCUAUAUAAAAGAAGUUAUUGGAAUUGAACCCAAACCGGGAAAGGACACCAAGAUUGGUCGCAUAGUUGGUGGAUUAGGGUUCUUUGAUGAAGUAGUUUCAAUGUCGGCUGCUCCGUUGCUAGGUGCCCUCAACGAUCGAUUGUCUGCACAAGGGUAUGCUGGAGCAAAGCUAAUACAAAGUGUCAGUUUCAUUAUUAUUGCAUUGGCUUUGCUUGGGUAUGCUUUAAACCAUAACUUGGUUCCAAUGAUGUUCAUUCUCAGAGGUGUGUUUGCAUUGGGGGUGACAGGCUGUAUGAGUAUGGUGACGGUGAUGUUGAACCAGCUUUCGAUGUCGGAUUUCAAAUUUGCAAAAUUGUGGAGGAAGCAGCGGUCGCAGGGGAGAAAUCUUGGCAACGACACGGUAGCCCGUAGUAGAAAUGGAAAGUUUGCUGCAGUGAUGGGUAUAGCAACAGGUCUAGGAGCAAUCUUUUCUGUCUCCACCUUGGUCACGUUGCCGCUGAGGCUUGCAGAAUGGUCUGACCUCAAGUCUGGUCUUGAGGGCUCCUACGUGGUGGUUCUGGUGUUUGCAUUGAUAUCUUUUGCAAUCCUUUUUGGGUUCCUAUAUAGGCCCCAAGAGAAAGCUGAGGACAUACACCAUCGUCGGCAAUUUAUCAAAGAGGGUAUAGAAUUUGCAAGGGAUAGUAAAGAGGCACAAAUUGCUUUUGUUGGCGCUUUCGUUGCUAGAUCUACUACCGUUGCCACUACUUUGUACAUCCCAUUGGUGGUUUACAACUGGUACUACAACAUUGGUGGAUGCAAAUCGAAGGACAAUUGGGCUGGUAAAUUGACUUGCUAUGAUGGUUACAUUUUUUCUGCAAUAUUGACGGGAGUGGCACAAACAGUCGCUCUUGCGUCAGCUCCCAUUUGGGGGUAUCUAAGUGAUUCAAACCGAGUAGGCAAGUUUCGCUCUUUGGCCAUAGCGGGAUUGUGUGGGGUUUUGGGAAACUUUGGGUUGAGCUUGAGUGCCACUAUGGAAAAUUACAGCCCAAAAACUGCUUGGUGCUUUGUAAGUGUAAGUAUAAUUGGAUUGUCGCAAAUUGGAUUGAUAAUUUGCAGUAUGAGCUUGUUGAGCGGGAUUGAGAAUGCCCAACAAGUAAUGGGGUCAUUGAGUGGUCUAUACACUUUUGCUGGAGGUUUAGGGAUUAUGAUUAUUACCCUAGUUGGUGGGUUAGUGGCAGAUGCGUGGAUUGUGGCACCUUUUUUUAUAUUGGGACUGUUUAAUGUUGUGUUGUUGGUGGUGUGCUCUAGAUUUGACAAACCAAAAAUUACCAUAGAGGAAGAGGAGAGAUUGGUGAUGCCAUAG